UGGAACAUCAGACAUCACGGUAGCAGUCCGUGUUACGGGGACGAGUAGUUAUCAAGAUGAUGAGCUAAUGUCAGAUACGAAGCGACAGCGACCAGUCAGACUUUGAACGACGCUCUGAGUGGCACUCCUCAACUGCUUCAGAACAGUAGGACGCUACUCGGCACUCGUGAUUGGACACAGUAAAUUCUGCAGAUGCGAAGAUGACUGCGAUGAAAACAGCUGAAUAUGAAAUCAUUCCACCUGAUGGAGGCUGGGGCUGGAUGGUGGUCCUUGGGGUGGCCCUAAAUUACAUGACCAGUCAAGCCCUCAUCUCCGUGUUCAGCGUGUUGUUUGGACAAAAGCUGAUCUCGAUGGGACAUGAGACAACAAGUGCAGCCGUCAUAAUGAACGUUAUGACGGCAGUCAUGAACUUCUCUGGUCUACUUACCGGACCGCUGCUGAAGAAGUUCUCGAUGCGGCAGGUGGCGGUCGUGGGAGGGUGCUUCGUGGUGACCGGCCUGGUGCUCACCAGCUUCGCCAAUUCUAUCAUCCAUAUCAUCAUCACCUACAGCAUCUUCGUAGGUCUGGGGAUGGGUCUGUUCACGCCGUCGGGCUUCCUGGCAGUCAAGACGUACUUCGUGGAGUCUCGCGGCCGCGCCGUGGGACUGUCGAUGGCGGGAGCCAACUGCGGCCAGAUGGCGAUGCCUCACGUGGUGCGGCUGCUGCUGGAGAUGUACGGCUUCAGCGGCGCGCUGCUGGUGCUGGGCGGGGUGGCCAUGCACGGGCCGCUCGGCUCGCUCUUCUUCCACCCCGUGGAGUGGCACGCCGAGCGCCGCCCUGCGGCCAACGAGCUGACGCUGCUCAAGGGCGAGUCGGAGCCCGGCGAGGAGGUGCGGCCGCGCCGGCCCAGGAGGAACGCCUCCAUGGCGUCGCUGGCCAGCUCAGAGGUGGGCGACAUGGCCGACGUCGUGCCCGAGGACCGCCGCAUGCGCCUGGGACCCACCUGGGAGGAGGACGAGGAACAGGGCGCGGGAGCGGCAAUGGGCACCUUCCAGAAGAAGCCGCAGCCGAUGUGGCGACGUGUGGUCGCCUUCAUGGACCUGGACCUGCUGCGGAACCCUGUGUACCUGAACGUGCUGCUGGGCACGGCGUGCAUGAUGACGUCGACGGUGAACUACUCGCUGCUGCUGCCGUUCUACCUGCAGCGCCACGUGGGUCUCUCGAUGACCGACACGGCGCUCUGCCUCACCAUGAUGGCCGCCGGCGACUUCGUGUCGCGUCUCACCGUGCCCCCCAUCACGGAUCGCAUCAAGGCCAGGGCGAGGUACACCUUCUUCCUCGGAGCCUGCUUCAUGGCCCUUACGCGAUCAGCAAUCGCGAUGAGCACCGGGAUGGUGCCACUGUGCGUCUGGAACGCGCUGUGCGGCUUCUCUCGCGGCGCCGCCGUCGUCAACAACAAUCUGUGCGUCGCCGAAGUGUGUCCUGAGGAGAAGCUGCCGGGCGCCGUGGGGCUCAACAUGGUCUGCACCGGCUUCAUGCUGCUCGCCGUGGGGCCCAUCAUAGGAUACGUUCGUGAUGAGACGGAGAACUAUCCACUGUGUAUGCACCUGCUGUCAAUCCUGGUGGCAAUAGCAAUGUUUUCCUGGCUCGUCGAAGGCGUACUGCACUGGUGUCGCCGCAAGAGAUGAGUGUGGACCAUCUUAUAACUGGUGUUAUGCCAAAUUUUAACUAACAAAACUGCCAUGACUUUUAUACAUAACAUUGUUCCUGUACAAGGGAAAAUAUACAUUUGUUUGUGUCAACACUGGAAUGAGGAGAUGAUGUAACAAAAUAAUUUUUCACUUAGGACUAUGAACGUUGUAGCACAUAAAGAGUGACGUUAGAUCCGUCAUAUAACGUAGUUACAGCCAUAGUAGCUGAAGAAGUCGUGCUCCUAAACCACACUUGGUAAUGAUUCUUAAUCAUUUCUCUAUGUGCUUUGUAUGAUAUAGCUUGAUAGCUGUGUUGUGCAAACCACGAGUUAAAAAUAUCUGUCUUCUGUUUUGCCAAUAUCUCACAAUUUAUUUAGUUUCCUUAUGUAUUAGGCUUUCCUUGUGUAGACAAUGUCAAAGUACCGAUUUCCGUUCUUCCGACACAAAGAGACUGGAAGUCAGCUAAUAGAAGGUGUCCACAGACUAGUUGCAGAGUUGAGGCUGGGCACUCAAUUCAAAGAUGAGAAACCUCGCAAGCUGCACAGACACCCAGACAAGUAUUCCAGAGGCAAUGGCUCCUCCAAGAUGCAGUAUUACUAAUAAGAAGCCAAAGAAAGAGUAAGAACCAUAUCUCGUAUGUUGUGAUGGAUAAGAAAACAGAGCAUGAUAAAGAAGCAUGAUGACGAAGAAGUUAAUUACAAAGAGAACUAAAUGUAUGUGAAAAGAGAGGCUGGAUGUUUUGGUGGAGAUCAUGAAGAUGAAGAUUACAGUGAGGAAGAUGACGGUGAGCAAAAAGUAGAAGAGGGUGGUCAUGAUGAGGAAGACGAGGUUUAUAAUAAAUUGGAAGUUAAUCUCCAACGAAUCUCCAGGAGAUAUCGUCUAUAUCUACUGGAAUAACCUGAAUGCAUUGGUAGAAAAAUUUUUUCCUUGCUAGCUUCAAAAGCAGUAGGCAAUAAUCCAAAUGACAAUGAAAUUACUAACUAUUGAAGAAGAACUUCGAAAAGCAGCGAUUACUACUUAUAAUUUACAACAUCUGCAGAAACUAAAAUGAAAGAGUCAACUGUAGGAUGAUAAAUUGCAUAUGGGAACAUUCAGUAAGUUGCAAGACCACAACGCAACCAAAAAAGAUACAAUUCGCAAAUUCGAAAGAUUCCCACGGUUCACACAAUUAUUCCAUGGGAAUUUGCUUACUUAACAGCACACUUUGAAAAUGGUUAGAGCUUGUACGUGAUUUCAAAGUAAAAUAGAUCAAAUGGACAGACUUAAAGUGCUAACAUUUCGAGCUGGACAUACUGUCAGCUAUUGGUACUACCAUACAGUCUUAAGAUUCAGUACCUCGGCACCUGAUUUCAAGUUACGGCACACACAUUGUUAAAUCAUGUCACACACACUGCCAGCUUCUGGUUUUGGAAUACUAGUUCAGUUCUGAAUGCUUGUUUAUUUAUGUCAGCUAUUACUGCCUCUCACUUAGCAUUACCAGCAGAAGAUGACCAAAUUUUGUGCCGCAAGAUAAAAUUAAUAUCCUAAUGUUGGGUAACUAUGGUGUCUGAAUGACUACAAGAUUGGUUAGAUGAAUGCAUGCGACCCUGUUUCUCACCUAUACGAAUGUUUAUCAGUACUACUCAGUUUGCUAUUUUUCUGAAGACUUACUUCAAGGAAUGAUGUGUUAAGAUCAAUAAUGACGAACUUACUCCAUUGAGCCAGAUCUUUGAUGUUGUCGGCUGAAUAAAAUUUGUUUAAGUUGAUGGUACUUGGAAAAUAGUUUUAACAGCUUCACCUUCCCAGAUGUUUUCGCUACUAGUUAAUGUAUUAACAAAAAGCACUGGCUGGUGGUAGGCAUUCUGAUCAUAUUUCUUUGAUAAAUGCAUUCUGAGCAUGUGAAAAUGUAUGGAUGAAUGAUGAACUACCUCGAACUGCUUUUUGGAAGUAUGAGAUGUUGUGAAUGCCAAUGCUGUUGGAAUAACAUGGUUUACUUUGGUAAUUGUCAUUGAAAAGUGCACUUUAAGCUGUAAAUUAGAUGAGUGAUAGUGCCCUUGUGUGUUUUUCAGCACUAUAUAGAACCAGUUUUAUGUGUUUUCAUUAAUUUAAUGCAUAGUACAAAUAAUAGACUAUAGUCGUCGACCAACCAAUAAUGUAUUUCAGUAGUGUCAGCUAGUGACCCGUAUGAAUUUUUGUAAUUAAUACACACAAUUUCUAUGUAGAAAUAUUUAAUUUGUAUGUCCAUUGUGCUUGUAAAGCGUGGUACAAAGAUCAAAUUUUGGUUGCCAACAAAAAAUUUUAUAGAAGAAUUAAGUUAUGAUAAUACUGUCA